UGCCACACAAGCCACGCAAUUCAGUUGUCUACCGAAAGCAAUUGCGCGUACAACCCUACGGAGGGAACCACGAGUUUAGACCAAAACCACUAACUAACGCAUAAUUCAGUAUAACAGAAAUAAAAACAUUGAAACAAAAUGAAAUUUAUGUGCUACAUUGCGUCUUUCCUGCUGGGCAUCAUGCUGCUUGCCGCCCUAACCGAAGCUGCGCCCAGCGAAGUUGACUCCGAUUACGAGGAGGCACCCGUCUGCUUGUGUGCACGCAACUUUGAGCCCGUCUGCGCCGCUAAUCUGGUAACCUAUGCGAAUCGUUGUCUCUACGAUUGUGUGCGUCGCGAUGAGGAGCGCCGAGGACGCAGUUUGGAGUUCUUGCGCGAGGGUCCGUGUGAGGAGUGAUGAAUUUAAUGCGAACUUUCUUGUUUAUACCAAGUAAAAGUGUUGACUAUUUUAUGCGAACAAUAAAUGUGAUAAAUUAAAGAUUGUGAGAAAUAUGA